CUCCACGUCGGCACCAGCUGCGGGUCAAGAUGGAGGCGCUGAUUUUGGAACCCUCCCUGUAUACUGUCAAAGCCAUCCUGAUUCUGGACAACGAUGGAGAUCGACUCUUUGCAAAGUACUAUGAUGACACCUACCCCAGUGUCAAGGAGCAGAAGGCCUUUGAGAAGAACAUUUUCAACAAGACUCACCGGACGGACAGUGAAAUUGCCCUCCUGGAAGGCCUGACAGUGGUUUAUAAAAGCAGUAUUGAUCUCUAUUUCUAUGUGAUUGGCAGCUCCUAUGAAAAUGAGCUGAUGCUCAUGGCUGUUCUGAACUGUCUCUUCGACUCCUUGAGCCAGAUGCUGAGGAAAAAUGUAGAAAAGCGAGCUCUCCUGGAGAACAUGGAAGGGCUCUUCUUGGCUGUGGAUGAAAUCGUGGAUGGAGGGGUAAUCCUAGAGAGUGAUCCUCAGCAAGUAGUACACCGGGUGGCAUUAAGGGGUGAAGAUGUGCCCCUAACGGAGCAGACAGUAUCUCAGGUGCUGCAGUCAGCCAAAGAACAGAUCAAGUGGUCACUGCUUCGGUGAAGACCCCGCUGUUCCUGGCUCCUCACCUCCCUGCAAACAUCGCAUGUCUACUGUGACUUCUCACCUACGCCCCCAGACCUGACGCUCUCAGGGUCAUCUUGGGGAACACAGGGGUCCUUAAAACUCCAUGCUAUUUGUGAUUGUGCCCUCGCUCACACACGCUCUGUCUCUUUCUCCCUGUCUUGUCUCGGAGUAAAACUCCACUAGAUCAGACACAGGACGAGGGAAACACCCUCUCCCUUUCUAGGCUGGAUUAUACUCCCCUGUUCUCCUGCCCUCCUGUAUUUCCUCCUCGACGUCUGUGCCCUUUGCUGCAACCACACUUCAGAUCAAAGCAGGAGAAGGAAUGUGCUGUGUGUUUCCCUCCCUGUGCCCGGCCUUCAUCCAGCAGCCAUAUGUUCAGCAAGCGGAGGGAGAGAGAAUUCUUCUCUAUCGACUGAUGGCCUGGCUGAGAGUCCAGAAUGAGUGGAGGGCAGGGAGGGGUGCACCCAGCUUUGCCCCCACACUGGCUUCAGCAUUUUCUCCCAUUCCUUCUUAUUGUGCUGUCUGCCAGUCUUGGAGAAGAGAUUGAGAACAACUCCUCAUAGGGCAGACACAGAGUAGAAGAAAUCGUGAUUUAAAUUUUAUUGGAUAGAGCUUAUAAAACCUGCAUUUCAGUCACAGCUGCACACUGCGAUGGGCUGUGAAUGUGCGUUGUGGGAGUGUCCAUCUCUUGGUCCACUACCUUCACUGUCCACCUUCACCCCCUGGGGGAUCUUCUCCUGGCUUGUCCUCUUUGUGCUCUGGAGCAAGGCCAUCUUCGGGAACUAAAACUCCAUUCUAGUCUUGGGAAGAAGAGUUUCUGCUCAGAACUGGGGAGGGGAUAGAAUUUAUGACUUGGAUCUCUGGGCUCUCCACACCCUAAGCUCCCGCACAAGUAUGUCCGUCCUCUGCCUAAGUCUGCAGUCUCUCAGCUGCUUAACCCUCUCCUCUCUCCACCUUUGCUUUGCGCACAUCCAAGCGUUUGGACACUUCUCUGACCCAGGUUGGUGAGAGGUGUCUCUUUUCAUCAAGCUUUUGGGGUUUGGAUUUCCCUAAGAAGGUGGAAUCACCCACCCUUGGGUCUAAUUUUCUCCACUGAAAACUUUCUCCCCCCACACACAAAAAAAUCUCACAAAAAACUUCUUGAGACUGAAGGGUUCUCUCCUCCUCACUAACUGCCAAUUCUUCUAGGGGACAGUGGGCAGAUGACUGGGCAUACUUUGUGUAAGAGACGUAUGGAGUCGGGAGAUUGCCACCUUCAUACAGAGCUCCAUGUCAAGAGGAAUAAAACAGGUUUCUUUUUCCAAA